GAGAUCCGAGCUGGAGGUUUCCACUCCUGCGCGCUCUUCCAGGACGGCAAGGUCUCCUGCUGGGGAAGGAACUCCCUGGGGCAGACCGACGUCCCAUUCAACCUCUCCGCCCCCGCAAAGUCGAUCGAUGCAGGAUCAUACCACUCCUGCGCCGUGCUGAGAAACAAGAGUAUCUCGUGCUGGGGAGAUGACACGAUGGGUCAAAGCAGGAAUCCUCCUUCCCAGCUCAGCUGGGUCCAGGUCAGCUGCGGAGCCAUGCACACGUGCGGCAUCAGAGAGGACCUGAAUCUCUCCUGCUGGGGAGACGACACAUACGGCCAGAGCUCUCCAGGUGUGCAUGCGGCAUGGCAGCAGGUCUCGUCCGGCCUCUUCCACACCUGCGGCGUCUCGGUCGAGGGCGACGGAUACUGCUGGGGAGGGAGAGGGUUCGACUUCGGACAGACUGAGAUCCCGCAGGGCAAGUGGAAGAAGGUUUCCUCAGGCAACACGCACAGCUGCGGCAUCCUCGUCAAUGGCACCCUGCUGUGCUGGGGAAGUAGCCAGUGGGGGAUGCUUGAAGUCCCGCCAGCGCUCUAUGAAGACGUGUCAUGCGGACUGAUGCACACGUGUGCGGUGACAAGGAUGGGAAGGAUGCUCUGCUGGGGCAAC